AGAAAGAAAAAAAACGUACAACUACUAGUUUCUAAACUUAGAAGGUUUCUUGAUAGAUAGGAUCAAAUGGCAGGGACAGUUGUGGUGGUGAGAUGCACUAGUAGUAAUAGUAGCGUGACCAAGGUUAGGACAUGGAAAAGAUGUUGUUCAAAGCAGAUAAAGGAGCAACGAGCUCGUCUUUACAUCAUCUGGAAAUGCGCCAUCUUUCUUCUCUCCUCCCAUGAUUGAUCGAUCGAUGUCUCUAUAUGAUAAUCACUCUCUUCUCCUUAAUUUACCACCAAUUCCUCUCUUCUUGGGUUUAUUUAUGUAUCUAGCUCAGUUAGUGUAUUGAAACGGUACAAUAGUGUAUUGUGGUCAAGUGGUCAUAAUACUAUACCAUCAUUUGAUUAUAGAAAUAUAGUUGUUUAUUUUGCUAACUGUUAGUUUUUGUAAUUUUGAAAUUGUUGUAAGAACAAAAUACCAAAAAUAUUAGCUGUGUGCAAUAAGUUGAUGA